AUGGCUUCUAAUAGAUCUUCAGACUCUAUUCCAUUUCUGUGCUCAUGCCUUUUAUUACUACUACUCUCCUGCUUGUCUGUCUCAGAAGCACAAGGCACUCCAGCCAUAGCCAAGGGUCUUUCCUUGACUUUUUUCGAUACUAGCUGCCCGAAGUUAGAGUCCAUUGUCAGAAAGCAACUCGAAAAAGACUUCAAGGCAGACAUAGGCCAGGCUGCUGGCUUACUUCGUUUGCACUUCCACGAUUGCUUUGUCCAGGGAUGUGAUGCUUCAGUGUUACUUGAUGGAUCAGCUAGUGGACCAGGCGAGCAGGAUGCGCCACCAAACCUGAGUCUGAGGGCAAAGGCGUUCGAAAUUAUUGACAAUAUUCACCGACAAGUCCACAAGCGAUGCGGUGCUAUUGUUUCCUGCGCUGAUAUCGUCGCUCUUACUGCCCGUGAUGCAAUUGUUUUGUCCGGUGGUCCAGACUACAAAGUGCCACUGGGAAGGCGUGACGGACAAACCUUUGCGACAAGAAACGCCACACUAGCCAACCUUCCUCCUCCAUUUGCUAAUGCUAGUUCUAUCCUUUCCUCUCUGGCCAAGAAGAAACUCGAUGCCACUGAUACUGUUGCACUCUCCGGGGCACACACAAUCGGCAAAGCUCACUGCAGUUCCUUCACAAGCCGCCUCUACCCACAAGACGCUACCAUGGACCAAACCUUCGCCAAAGACCUCAAAAACAUAUGCCCCCAAAAUGCAUCAGUUGAUGGAACAACAGACCAAGAUAUUCGGACUCCAAACGUGUUUGACAACAAGUACUAUGUUGACCUCAUGAACCGACAAGGACUUUUUACAUCGGACCAGGAUUUGUAUACGGAUAGUAGGACCCGUGGCAUUGUUACGAGUUUUGCAGUUAACCAGACCUUGUUUUUUGAGAAAUUUGUGAUUGCCAUGUUGAAGAUGGGACAGAUGGAUGUGGUGACAGGAACAAACGGGGAGAUUCGGGCUAAUUGUUCGGCGAGAAACUCUGGUAGUACGUUGUUGUCCUCUGUUGUUGAUGUAGCAGAAGAAUUUGAGCUAUCAAAUUUAUAGGCUUUUAACUGUAAUCGGGGUAUAUAUACUCCCAAGUUUCUUGUUUCGAAUAAACUUUGUGAAAGAAAUAGGUGCUUUUCAAUGUGGUUCGAGAAUUGGUAUGCUGUUUAUUCAACAAUGCACCAUGUAAUACUUGCGACGACUACGAGCUUAUGGUGCUUUGUUCA